AUGGCAUCGGACUGUGGAAACAUAAAGGGUUUUUUCCGAGAGAAGAAAUCCACCGCCGCAACCAAAUCUCCCACUAAAUAUUCCAACAAAUCUCCGAAUGCCGCUGCCACUUUAGGCUCCACUGCGGCCCAACCACCGGCCCUCGUCUCCCACGGCGGAAAACCCGACCUCCAAGAUGAUAAACACAACGAGAAGAACGAGGCGCUGCUGAGGCAAUUCGACGUGAACAUGAUGUAUGGGCCUUGUAUCGGUUUGACACGGCUGGAGCGGUGGGAGCGUGCUCAGAGCCUCGGUCUGAACCCUCCACCGGAAAUCCAGAGCCUCUUGAAGAGCGGGAAAGUUAAGAUGGAGUCCAUGUGGAGUGGUCGCAUUUAG